AUGUCGGGAUCACCUCCAGCACAGCAUCGUCAAGAUGGGGCUUCCACGAAUGGUGCAGGUGGAGCAGAAGUCGUCAACAUGCUUCAUCUGCUGUCCUCGUGUUGUUAUGCUGCAGAACGAGGUAUGCUUGCUAUUCGAAGGGAAAAUAAGAGCAGGGAGAAGACGAAGUUCGAAGUCUUGCAGACGAAGAGUGAAGGAGAUGAUAAGAGUUAUGGUGAGCCCUCUAGUAUGCCUCAAUUUUUUACUUACUACGUUUAUGAAACACUUGAAGAUUCUGAUUCCCGAUUUUCACCUACUUAGUCAACCUUUCGUUCUCGUCGAUUAGGUUCAUGAAGUUCUUCUCUAACACCUCGUCGUAACGCGCGCAGACCACGCCGGUCAGGCCGCGAUCUUCUCCUACUUGAGAAGCAUACCCAGUAUUGGCAAUAAGCUAAACCUAGUCGGCGAAGAAGAAGAAAGCAUAGGCGAAGCGAUUUUGAAACCACAACAAGGCAAGGCCGACUCUUCAGUUGAACAGAAAUUAAGGCUUAGCACGUGCCAUAAUUCAUCCUGAGAAGCCUCUUUGACCCUGUUUUCAAUGGGGACGAAAGGUGUCAACAAAGAUGGUCUCCAAGAUGAAUUACUUCAAACUCUAAAGAAAGUUGAGUUCGUCUCAGCGCCGCAUCCUGCGUGUGAAGAACUGAUUAUGGGAUUUGAGGGCAACGCAACAGAACCUACCACUACAAAUCCGGAUCAUCAACAACUUCUUGCGCGUCCAGUCCCACUAAAAGCUGUUACGAUCUUCGUGGACCCUCUAGAUGGGACUCGAGAAUUUGUCGACAACAGGUUGCAAAACGUGGAGACAUUGAUAGGGAUCGCACUGAAUGGGCGGCCUGUAGCAGGAGUGAUAGGCUUGCCGUUUUGGAAGAAAGAAAGCAUCGAGCUUGUGGACGGUGGAACAGCUGUAGGAGAAGAAAGCACUUCAGGUAGAAGUAGAGCCACCGUUCUCACUCCAGAGCAGGAGAUUUUGGCACGAGAAGGAGGAAAUGUUGGUCUUUCUCAAGGUACAUCAAAUGGUCAUACAUCACUUAACCACAAGGAGGAGGUCCCGCCUCCCCUUGUGUGCGGUCUAGUCGGUGUAGGCGUUGCGGGACUUGGGACUAUUGACAAAGAACGGUUUCAGAAACGGCAGGCGGCUGACACAACAAGUACUACAACUAUUGCAGGAGACCAAUCUGAAUCUACUUUUAUCCUUGCCGCCUCCAACGACUCCGUUGCACCCCUCAAGGCCGUACGAAAUUCACUUUGUGACCCACAAAGUGCUGGUGGAGGUUUCAAGAAUUUUUCAGUUUCUGGC